AUAACGCGGAUGCCUCUCCGAGACUGAAAUAGCCGCCGCGCACCCCCUCGGCACGUAAAGCGGCUGCCUUUCGACCUCGGAGACCGCACCCCACCGGCGGCGCCGCCGCGGCUGCAAAAAACAGCGUUCUCCAAGGGCCCCGAGGCAGCCCUCCGGCACCAUGCCCACGGAACUGAAGUCCGCGCCGGCUAUCAACCCCCUCAAGACCAAAUAUCUAUUCUCGAAGGGCGCGCCCUACGGUACCGACGAGGAGGGCGACAAGGCCCAGGCCGCCGCGCAGUUGGAGUAUGCCUCGGUCGCGCACGAUACCCUAGCUGAUAGAGCGCCCUUCGAGAUGGCCGCAAGUUUCCAGGAGACCAUCGGCGGCAAUCCAUUGGAUAACCAGAAUCGGCACGGCUACGCCAUCGUCGAGGACCAUCCCGAGAGCGAGGCUUUGGCGUCGCUCAUCGAAGCGCACUCGGCCUACGACCACCAUAAAGCUAGGACGUACGAGACCGAGGCGGCGGAGUGCGUCUUUCCUACUGGACCAAGGCCUGUUACUGUACAGAGAGCCAGACCUGGUCGAUACAAAGAUACUCAUUUCAGCGAAGAAAAGACCAAAGCUUGUAUUGAUGCGUACCUGGGCGGCAAGGCGGAAUAUGAAGUAGUCAAGGGUAAAAUUCGCGAGACGAAGCUCAUGGAGAUGUUCCAGCCUCCGGAAAGUAUUGUGAUCGAGAAGCCGAAGCCUCGGGGUGUGGGGCCCAUUUCUCAGCGGGUUCGUCGGAUUCCUACGACCAUCCUCGGCAAAGUAGAUAGAUUCAAACAUGUCCGCAACCACAAGUACAAGAUCAAGCAUUUGGACGACCACCCCGGUGCUGCCAAUCCGUCGCACGUGCCGUUUGACGCGGAGUUCUCGGUCGCGUCCUACAAGCAGUCGUCGCAGGUGCUCAACACGCUGAAGACGCGGGGCCAGCGCUCGGACCUGUGCCGCGCGUCGAUCUUCGGGUACUAGUCGCUGAGGCGGGUAAUGGUAUACUAGUUUUGCA